GUGUACUGUACAUGAAAUGCCACAGCAGGGAACGACAGACGAUGACACGUGGACAUCAGACUUGGCACCGGGAAUUACACGAAUCACACCGCAGGGUUCAAAAGGCGCAGCAUCUCCUGUGCCACCGUGAUUGAUGACUGGAUGCUUCAUCAAAAAAAACAGAAAGAAAGGCAGGCGCUGACUCGCACGGAGCCCGAAGGAGGGCUGAGCCCCUCAAGAAUCUGUCCACAUGUCGUCAGUGGCUGGAACCGCUGAGCGUUAGUGGAGCGCGGCGCAGCACAGCGAGCGCGCACGGAAACUUGGAGCCACGGCGACGCGUUAUCCGCUUUCUUACUUGACCCGGCGGUUGUGUAGGAUUUCGCCAGUCAUGUCGUCUGGGACAUUUUCGCUUGCAAAACCAUGACGAAGUGUGCGUCUUUUACGCACCUCACAGAGCCAUAGAAAACAAGGCGAAAUGGAGACGUUCACGAUCCACGACAUGCUCCUGAAUUCUACUGACCUCAACAAGAUUUUGUGCAGUUUUGGGAUCAGGAAUAUUUCAGAAUGCGAGAGCGAGCAGGACACCUCACCCGAACCUAAAGACAUCGACCAGACGGUGCGGAUUGUUCUUUACAGCCUCAUCUUCCUCCUCAGUGUCCUGGGCAACAGCCUCAUCAUCGCGGUCCUGGUGAGGAACCGGCGCAUGAGGACCGUCACCAACCUCUUUCUAUUGUCUCUGGCCGUCAGCGACCUGAUGGUGUCCCUGGUGUGCAUCCCCUUCACCCUCAUUCCCAACCUCAUGAGGGAUUUCAUCUUCGGCACUGGGAUAUGCAAACUGGUCAUGUACUUCAUGGGAGUCUCGGUGAGCGUGUCCACCUUCAACCUGGUGGCCAUCUCCCUGGAGCGCUACAGCGCCAUCUGCAACCCGCUGACCUCCAGGACGUGGCAGACCAAGUCUCACGCCGCCAAGGUCAUCACGGCCACGUGGGCAGCGUCCUUCAUCCUGAUGCUGCCGUACCCCAUCUCCAGCGCCCUCAAGCCCUUCACGCGCCUCAACAACAGCACCGGGCACAUGUGCCGCCUGGUGUGGCCCAACGACACCAUCCAGCAGUCCUGGUACGUGUCCCUGCUGCUGCUGCUCUUCCUGAUCCCGGGGAUCGUCAUGAUGACGGCCUACGGACUCAUCUCCCUGGAGCUGUACCGGGGCAUCAAGUGUGAGCUGAACAACAGGAAAUCUGGCAGAGGUACAGGUACAAUAAAACAAACCUACAUUUGUUUGUUCGCCGUUCUAUUUGCUACCUAUUAUGCUGCUGUGUUUGGCUCUCCUGUGCUCUCGCGUAACAGACAGACAGUCCAGCACGGGCAGCAUCAAGCCAGGCGACAGCGACGGCUGCUACCUGCAGCCGUCCAAAAAGAAGAGCAUCACAGCGAGCCACUCGGGCAGCAAGCCGAUGCUGGGCCGCGUGUGCAGCAGCAACUCCACGGCCAACCUGAUGGCCAAGAAGCGCGUGAUCCGCAUGCUCCUGGUCAUCGUCUUCCUCUUCUUCCUGUGCUGGACCCCCGUCUUCGUGGUCAACGCGUGGCAGGCCUUCGACCGCCGCUCCGCCUACCGCCUGACGGGCGCCCCCAUCUCCUUCAUCCACCUGCUGUCCUACACCUCCGCCUGCGUCAACCCCAUUAUCUACUGCUUCAUGAACAAGCGCUUCCGCCAGGGCAUGCUGGCCACCUUCACCUGCUGCAGGUGCUUCGGGAGGAGCGAGGCAGCGGGCGGCGCGCUGCGGAGGUCGUCCGGAAGUGGAGCCACCAAAGGGGAAGCGGGCAAGUCGAGGUCGGGGCCCGCGACCAACGAGCAGAAUGGUCACGCUGCACCCGGUGGAUCCAUCACCCGCUACACCGGCAUCCGCGCGUCGGCCUGGAGCGAGCUGACCUGACCUGACCUGUCCUGGACUGAUGCAGCUGUGCGUGAGAGAAUGUGUGUGUUUUAAUGUAAAGCCCCCGCAGUGAUUAUAGGAGCCUCUCCAGCAGCCACGUUGCUUUAGCUUGGCAUGUGAUGUAACACGGGUACAGUACGCAAUGAAGUGCUCAACACAAGCAGAUGUUUCCCUGAAGCUUGCAGUGCCCAGGGUGGUUGACGGAUGCCUGAUCGUAUGAAACCACACACAGCUUCAUGGAGCAAACCCUCAUUAAUGUAGUUUUCCUUUCUAUAUAUUCGCUUUAAACGCCAGUAUGCUUUUAUUUUGAAAUGAUCUUUAAUAAAAAGAAAUCCCACCA